AUGGCAAGUUGGGUUCUCUCAGAAUGUGGCCUAAAACCUCUCCCUAGAGUCUACCCUCAAGCCAGGAACGGCCUAACAUCAAAGACCGCCAUUUUUGCCAAUGCUAGGCCAUUACGAGUCUGCAAAAGCAAGAAUCUUGGCUCUUCUUUGAGGGCCUCGAAUGGGAUUCGAGGGACAAAUUGGGCACUGAAUGUGAGUGCUCCAUUGAGGGUUCCAUCUGUGGAUGGAGGAGAUAAAGGAAGAGUGAGUGUCAAUGGGGUUGAAGAUGGUAGUGAUUUCGACCCUGGUGCUCCACCUCCUUUUAAUUUGGCUGAUAUUAGAGCAGCCAUUCCAAAGCAUUUGUGGGUUAAAGACCCAUGGAGAUCCAUGAGCUACGUUGUGAGAGAUGUUGCUGUGGUUCUUGGGUUGGCGGCUGUUGCAGCCUACUUUAACAAUUGGGUUGUUUGGCCUCUUUACUGGUUUGCUCAGGGGACCAUGUUCUGGGCUCUCUUUGUUCUUGGCCAUGACUGUGGUCAUGGAAGUUUUUCUAAUGACCCAAAGUUAAAUAGCGUGGUGGGUCAUUUACUUCAUUCUUCAAUUCUUGUCCCAUACCAUGGAUGGAGAAUAAGUCACAGAACUCAUCAUCAGAACCAUGGACAUGUCGAAAAUGAUGAGUCUUGGCAUCCGUUAUCUGAGAAAGUUUACAAGACUUUGGAUAAGGCCACUCAGAUAUUGAGGUUCACCUUGCCAUUCCCUAUGCUUGCUUACCCUUUCUAUCUGUGGAGUCGAAGUCCUGGAAAGAGUGGCUCUCAUUUUGAUCCAAAAAGCGACUUGUUUGUCCCAAAUGAAAGGAAAGAUAUCAUUACCUCCACUGCCUGUUGGACAGCAAUGGCUGCGCUGCUAGUCGGUCUGUCUUUCGUAAUGGGUCCAGUCCAAAUGCUUAAGCUCUAUGGCGUUCCAUACUGGUUGUUCGUCAUGUGGUUGGACUUGGUCACUUACUUGCAUCACCAUGGCCAUGAGGACAAACUCCCAUGGUAUCGUGGAAAGGAAUGGAGUUAUCUAAGAGGAGGAUUGACAACCCUCGAUCGAGACUACGGAUUGAUCAACAACAUCCAUCAUGACAUUGGAACCCAUGUCAUACAUCACCUGUUCCCUCAAAUCCCACACUAUAACUUAGUAGAAGCAACGGAGGCAGCUAAGCCUGUGCUUGGGAAGUACUACAGAGAGCCAAAGAAAUCUGGGCCUCUCCCACUUCACUUAUUGGGAGUUCUUAUAAGAAGCAUGAAACGUGAUCAUUACGUCAGUGAUACUGGGGAUGUUGUAUAUUAUCAAACUGAUAAGAAACUUGCUGGGUCUGUGACAUCAGAAUGA